UCGAUCUAUUAGCAAGCACAGGGAUUAGGCAGCCACAUUAUGGGUAUCGGGCACAGGGCAGGGGGCAGUGCCAGGCAGAGAUUGGGGAAUGAAGUGACGUACAUUUAACCGUAGCAAGAUAGAGAGGGAGGGGGUUACAGGAGAGAAAUAGAGGAAUCGAGAGAAGAGAGAGAGAGAAUCGCAGGAAUUGAUAAUAUAUCAGGGAAGACCGAUAAGAGAGGGAGUGAGAAGAGGAGUCUGAGAGAGAAAGUGGUGAUGGGCUGUACAGGAUAGAGAUGUAGAGAUAGAGGGAGGGGUGAGACAGGAGGGAGUGGGAAGGAAGCAUGGGAAUCUUAGUGCAAUAGAUAGGACUAGAUACGUCCAUAGUGCACGUGAGACCGUAGCAGAUAUCUGUUGCUUAGGGUUCCUCCGUAGAUGGCAUCAGACAACUGAUGGUUCAUGCCCUGACAGGCAUUUGGUCCUUCUGUGCGAUGGGGUAUCCGUGUUCGGAAGAGAACUGGCCAAGACUCCUCCAACGAUUGGCAGGGAUGGGAUCCCUGGCAUGAUUUCUUCCUCACGGAGAGAUGGCGGUGCUAUGGUGGGCGCUGUUAUGGUGCCAUCAUGCCCAGCAUUUCCUCCAUGCCAAUGAGGAUUUUCAGAGCCCUUCUUGGAAUUAUGCCAUUGACGAGUGGACACCGACUCCGACCCCCCCUCCAUCACCAACAUCUUCGUCACCUCUGCCAACUCCCUCUGUUCCUGUGUCUGUCCCCUUUUUUCCAGACCCUUCUCCCACUCCUCCAGUUUCCUAUUCCCUUCCAUUUUCAUCAUCUCCUACAUCGCCAACCCAAACAACGCCAUUUGAGCCAUCCACUCCAUAUGUGGACCAGCCUGAUGAAGAGGGCAGAAAGGCAGCUGUACAGUUCCUACACUCAGGUGACCUUUUUUCGCUAUCAGAAGCCAACUGUUCACGGAGAUUUGAGCUAACAGAUCUACAGGGGACUCCACCUGAGAUACUCCUUCACCAUGUCAGAAGGCCACUGGACUACUUGCUGCAUGCCACCAACUUCCUUAACAUGAUAUUCCAGGCUAGUGACAUGCGUGAAUCCAGCAUAAGGGAGGAUAUGGAAUGGUAUCAUGCCUUGGUUCGAAGUCUGGCAGGAGGGGAUCCACAUAUACACAAGGCCAUGCUCUCCUUUACUGCACACCCCAUGUCCUCCAAACCCCAGCUGCUUCUUCAGGCCACCAAGGUGGGCCAUGAAAUUCUGCUUCAGGACCUGUCUUUAUCCCUUCAUCGUGUCAGACACAGGAUAGACUUUGGUAACUGGAGCAUCUUUCAAGCCAACCCUUCUCUUACCAAAGCAAUUCUACUAAAUGACCUCCAGAGCCUAGAAACUCCCAAGUGGAGUCGGGGGGACAGCUACAUUGUGGACCCAAGCCAUGUUCAGUGGUCAAAACCCUUUCUGGAGUGUGAGGGCAGUCGUUUUGUACAAGGAUGGAUGGUCUCACUGUCCACUGCUUUUUAUGGGCUCAAGCCUGAUCUGAGUCCAGAGUUUAAGGGAACCUUGCAUGUAGACGUGCGAUUGUUGAGUCUGGGGAUAGACCAAUGCUCCCAAAGCUCUACCUGGUUUGCCAACACUCACAGCUGUGAUGAGAACAGUACACAGUGCGUGUCGGAUGAAAGAGACGGCUCCAUCUUGGGCAGGUACCGAUGCAUGUGCCAGCCUGGCUAUUACAGGAGACAGCCCGAGGGCCAAGACAACUCUUACCUUGGGGCCACGUCCUGUCUACCUUGUAGUAAAGGCUGCGCCACUUGUGUGGAUAGCUCGCCGUGCACGGUGAAAGAAGAAUGGGCUCUGCGGGUGACUGUGCUGUCAUUACAAGCUUCUGCAAUGUUGGGAGUCUUCUUGAGUAUGCUGGUGUCUUACAACUUCCGAGAGAGCAAAAGGAUUCGAGCCUCGGGUCUUCUGCUCCUGGAGACAAUCCUUUUCGGGUCACUGCUGCUCUACUUUCCAGUAUUUAUCGUGUAUUUUAAACCCGGCGUGUUUCGCUGCAUAGCACUCCGAUGGUUCCGUCUACUUGGGUUCUGUAUAGUAUACGGGACCAUUGUGCUAAAAUUGUACAGGGUAAUGAAAGUGUUCCUAUCGAGGACGGCCCAGCGCGUCCCCUACAUGACGAGUAUGCGCUUACUACGAAUGCUGUGCAUCAUAGUGACGGUUUGUAUCUGGUUCCUUGCGGCAUGGACUGUAGGGACACUGGAGAAUUUGCAAAGAGGUGUUCCUGUGGUCAUCCGCACACAAACGCAAGAAGGCCUGAUCUUUUACACAUGUGAUUAUGAUCGCUGGGACUACAUGAUGUCCCUGGCCGAGUUGCUCUUCCUCUGUUGGGGCAGUUACCUGUGUUACGGAGCUCGUACGGUGCCAUCUGCUUUUCACGAACCGCGUUACAUGGGACUAGCCAUACACAAUGAGAUGCUUAUAUCUACUGCAUUCCAUAUUCUCAGGUUUGUUAUGGUCCCAUCACUUCAUCCGGAUUGGACACUGCUUCUCUUCUUCAUUCACACACAUGGAACAGUCACAAUGACACUCACCCUGAUGUUUGUGCCCAAGUUCUUGCAUGCAGGAGGCCCUCCGAGAGAAGAAAUUGCCGAGGUGUAUGAAGAUGAAUUGGACCUAAGGAGGUCAAGAUCCAACCUAAACAGCAGCAUCACAUCAGCCUGGAGCGAGCACAGCCUGGACCCUGAUGACAUCAGAGAUGAACUGAAGAAACUUUAUGCUCAGCUGGAAGUCCACAAAACAAAGAAAAUGACUCUAAACAAUCCCCAUCUGCAGAAGAAACGCAGCUCUCGAAGGGGACUUGGUCGAUCUAUUAUUCGACGUAUCACUGAAGUCCCAGAUUCAAAGCAAAGUGGACGCGAGGAACGAGAAGGAUCACCAGGUUCUACCGGUGGACAAAGGCGGAGGCAACAGGACAGUAGCAGUGUUAAACUGCGCGAAGAGUCUUUGAGGCAGAGAGUUCUCUCCUUAAGAAAGUCACAUAGCACUUAUGACCACAUGCAAGAAUCCAAGGAUACAGGAGCCACUUCCCCACGUUUGGAAAGCUCAGCACGGGACGCCUCCUUACGAGACUCCCUCAUGCGACGAAAUCUUGCUCGGAAUGUAUCACUACGCUCACGUGGUGAUUCUCUUCGUCAGGCCCCCUUGGUUUGUAAAUCUCUUAGUGCCCACAAUCUACUAGCUGAUAAAAAGCCAUUGAGUGUACAGCCUGGCACUCUACAGAAAUCCCAUAGCAUGAUGGGAAGUGCUAGAGGAAAGGGACCACUAACAGAUAUGUCCACAGAGCGAACAAUGGAAGGAAGCCGAAACCCUUUGUUGGGUGGCAGCUUUGACAAAGCAGAAGUUUGUCCGUGGGAAGUUCAAGAACUCCCAACACAGUGUGAAAAUCGGUCACAGAAACACGUCACCUAUGCACCAGGAAAAUGCAGCAGUUUGGACAGCUCUCAUUCAUCAGAAAAGCCACAUGGCUCACGUGUAAAGAAGGGAGAUGUGGUAGGGAAGCACCACAGUUUAGGCAGUAGUGAAGAACCCAAGAGUCCAGAGGAGGGUCAUCGAUGUUGGAAACAAAAUGAAACUGAGAACUCUUCUCCUUUAACCAUUAAGCCUGGAACAGUACAAAGUGAAGCAUCCAAAGAUACAGGCUUAGCAACAACAGGUACAGGGGUGAAGUCAGAGUCAAUAGAAACCGCAAGGCCGCCAUACAAGAACACCCUAAAAAGUCUGGUUCUUGCAGUCAGGGCAUUUAAAGGAACAGCUGUGUUAAGAGAAAACAAGGAAAGGAUGAGACAAGCUGUAGACGGGACUGUAGACACCAAUAAACAGUUGCUUGAAGAGGUUUGUCCAUGGGAAACAGAAUCCAAUUAUACAGAGGAAAAGAAACAAAAACCUCCAGCAUUCAACAUGGCGGAAACUAAAGGGCCCAUAUGCUCCUCCCCACAGCCAAAUAAAAGUAUAGACACCCAGAUAAAACAAGAGGAGAAACAUUCUACUCCAAAACUCUCCAAACAUACCUCUCCGGCCAGCAGGUUAGAAAGAAUGAGCCAGUUGAGGGAAGCAGUCUGCCCUUGGGAAAGCAUGGAGGGUCCUAGGGAAUUUCAGCAAAAAUCAAAUAGCGUGGAAAGUAGAAGAAUUGAAAUAUGCCCAUGGGAGAGUACAGACAGCGAGGGUCCAGGAGGUCCACUUAGUCAGUCAGGCAGCAACCUUUCUUUCCACAGCCCUUCAGCAGAAGAAAAAAAAGGUCACAAUGAAAAUGUGUGGGAAGGGGAGGAGAAGAACGCAAGAACAGAGAGCUGUCAUUGGGAAAGGAAGAAUACAGAGAAGACAAGAAAAGAUAUAUGUCAUUGGGAAGCAGAUGAUGAGGUAUUGGAGAUGGGAGGUUUGAGUAGUAGCAAGCUUGCCAUGAAGCUAGAAGUACUUGGCAAGCAAAGAGAUGCCAUAUGUCCAUGGGAGAGUGAAGAAUCUGGAGGUUCUCCUGGUGUACUCAGCCAGUCACAGAGCAAGACAUUUGAUGGGUGUCCGGUUCAGUCUAAAACCUCUGAUAGUUUGGAUUUGGAAGCCAGGAGAGGUGAGAUAUGUCCUUGGGAAAGCCUAGAUUCUGAAGAGACUCCUGCAACCAUGAGUCAGUCCCAGAGCCACAGCUGGGAACCUUCUUCAAAGGUAAUGGAUGAAACAUCUACCUGGGAUUCAUCCCAGACGAGCAGGCCUUCAAAGAGUCCUCUAGUGAAGUCACAGAGUAAACAGGAUUCCUUAAGCAGCUGGUCAAGUGAGGACCCUCGGCCACUGACCAAAACCAUGAGUAAGAGCGAGAGCCGUAUUGGUGACCUCUAUGGCUCAGAAACUAAUGCUAAGCAUGAGAGGCGCUGUCACUACUCUCUAGUAGAAAAAAGUACGAGAUGUUCAGAUGAACCAGGGAGCAGUGUAAAGAACACAGUAGAUACAACUAGACAAAAGGCUGAAGCUGCAUGUGUGGAAAAGUCAAACAAAUUGUCGGAGAUCUGUCCCUGGGAAGUGCUCGAGGAACCCACUGAAGUCAAUGAGACCGAGGUGUCGGGAAGCAAAGCUGAUGUGUGUCCAUGGGACUUUCAGUAAAGUUUAUAUAAAAAUUUAUAGCCUAGAAAGUUUUAAAUGAGAAAGUUACAGUAUGAAUAAAUUGUGUGAGAGGUAGAACCUAAAGGCGAGUGUGAUGAAGCAGAGCCAAGUGUGUCAGAUUUCCUCAGAAAUUUACGUGUGAGUAUUUCAGCAAAGGAGAAUAUUAAUUUAAAAAAAAAUUUGAUUUUAAGAUGCAUUUUAAAAUAUCGGCAAUAUAGAAAUUGUUCUGCUUGCCAAAAUGAUGACAUAAAUCUGAUCCUUUGUCUGUGCCCAAAUCUACAAAUAAAAAGUAUUUCUUUUCUUCCCUGG